GCCUUCUUGAGGAAGGAGUUGACCACCACCAGCGUCCGAUAGGGCAUCCACAGCACAGCGAAGAGGAUCACCACCACUGCCAGCAUCUUUGUCACCUACAGCAAAGAGGAUGACAGAAGUUUUCAGUUAUGUAUAAUGUGGAUGGUUUGAUGCGGAAAGAAACCAAAGUAAUCUGUGGGAGUGGAUCUGAUGGCCUCGGUGGAGUUACUCUACAUAGAUAAUAGAGGGGGAAGACCUGAUCCUCCCGGCAUACUGGAUUGGUCUUCUAGCCCUCUUCAUGUUUGCAGGCUAAACAGUUCGGUGGAAGAAGCUUCUUCCACUCUGAAGGCGCCUGCCUGUGAGGCACAGUGUAAUUCAGCACCAAGGACGGUUCCCGUCAAAGGACAACGUGGUCAGCACCGGCAUCAGCCUACAGAGAAGGUCAGGGUGUGUUGUGACAAGGAGCUGGAGACCUCGUUCACUUACAUUGAUGAAAACGUCAAUCUCCGGUUGGCCACCCCGGACACAAGUGAGAAAAGCUCUCGCCAUGUAGCUUCACUCCAAGACUCCUCGAGCGAAAUCCAUCCCGAGGGCCUCCAGGAGUUGUCGCUGAUGUCCGACAUUGACCUCAGCUCAGAGAGUUCAGGGAAAUCCGUGGAUUACGGAUUCAUCAGCGCAGUCACAUUCCUGAUCACCGGGAUCUCGCUGGUGAUCAUAUCGUACACGGUCCCUCGUGACAUCAGAGUGAAUCCCGACAACGUCUCUGCACGUGAAAUGGAAAGACUGGAGAAUGAGAGCGCCAGGAUAGGUGCGCACCUUGACAGGUGCGUUAUUGCCGGCCUUUGCCUUCUCACCCUGGGUGGAGUGGUGCUGUCCACUCUGCUAAUGAUUUCGAUGUGGAAAGGUGAGAUGUACAGAAGGAAAGCCUUCGCUUAUUCAAAGCACUCCACAAAGCUCUAUGGUUCAAUUAAUUUAAGAACAAGGUCGAGUCCCAGUCGCUCAUCACCACCACACAGUUUGGUCGAGGAGGAGAAUGGCGAUGCUAUUAGUUGACUGUUUUCUUCAUUUUCUUUUUUGGACUGCCAGUGUAAUGUUGACCUUUCCAGCAUGGCCGAAAGAGCUUGUUUUUCAACCUUGUGUCAGUGACAAUUGCUUACUGAUGCAGAAAAACAUAAUAUCACAUAACAGAUUCCUCAGGCUUCAGAAAGACACAGCAUGAUAUCAUUUGUAUUAAUCAUGAAGCAAGUACAUUUUUGAAUAAACAGAGGUUCGAACUUCAGGUUGUGUGGCAGGAUGUUAAAUGAGGUUUCUGAUAGUAUUCAAGCCCUUAAUUUCCAAGCUGAAAAUAAGAGAUUCUAAAAGAAAUGAGUCCUGUUGUACAGCACCCUGCUGCUAAUAUUGACAAUCCUACUGCCUCUUUCUUACUCUUUCAGAAUACUAAAAUGUUUCCACUUCAGCAGCCAUUUCGUCAUGGUAUGUAGAGUGAUUGAGGGCUACAGUUUCUGAUUUAGAGCACUCUGGUGUAUUCAGAUCCUCAGAAAGCAUUGUUCUGUGUUACACUGAGAAAAUGCCAGUGUAUAAUUGGGAUGUUUUUGCCAUUAUUUUCUCAUAUUGUCCUUGUUAGUUCAUGUGCGGAAUGGGCCAUGCAGAAAUCUAAUACUCUGCCCGCCAACCCCCCACCCAACCAACGUGCUAAAAUAUUUUAUAAAUAUUUAAUGGAGGAAGCUGCCACACAAUGAUUUGCUAUCUUUUGGAAAUUUAAAUCCAUUUCUCUGAGAGAGCAAAGCAUACUGUAUCUUCACUGACACUGUAUACACACAGUUGAACCUAUAGGCUCUCCGUAUGUAACAAGAUAUUGACACAAAUGCAAAAAAAAUGUCUGUGCUCACGAGUUAUCAUAAGACUUACAAUAUCAUAUCAUCUGUAUCAGUUCAUACUCUGAUGAUUAAUGACUGUUCAUAAAACUUAUAACUUAGGACUCACUUUCUGAAAUGAAAAUAAAAUUACAUUAUUCUUGA